CACAUAGCAAAUUGCUGGUGCAGCAGGAAGCAGCUCUCAGCGCUUGGAUCGCCGUCUCUUCUCCUUCCGGUCCUCCUCUGGCGUGCCCAGGGUCAGGCCCUGGCACCCAGUCCCGCCCAGGCAGAGCCCAGGAGCGAAGUGAGCAGCGUUUGGAGCAGUUUGAAGCAGUAGGCGCAGAGACGGGCGCGUUCUCAGCCCUGGCUCUUUGUCUGCUGCUUUGUGAUGGACCGGAGCAGUGCCAGUGCCGCCGACUGAAGCGAGGGCGAUGUCGCACGGGGGACGCCAGGCUCGGACUGCAGAGGGAUGGCGCCCAGGUUGCAGGCGUCGCCGAGCUGCUGCCGCCCGCCGUGGUCCUUGCCAUCCUGGCCCGCAAUGCCGAACACUCGAUAUCCCACUACCUGGGCGCGCUCGAGCGGCUGGACUACCCCCGGGCCCGGCUGGCCCUCUGGUGUGCAACGGACCACAAUGUGGACAACACCACGGAGAUGUUGCAGGAGUGGCUGGCCGCUGUGGGCAAUGACUAUGCAGCUGUGGUCUGGAGGCCGGAGGGGGAGCCCAGGUACUACCCAGACGAAGAGGGUCCCAAGCACUGGACCAAAGAAAGGCACCAGUUUCUGAUGGAGUUGAAGCAGGAAGCCCUGACCUUUGCCAGGGGCUGGGGGGCUGACUAUAUCCUGUUUGCAGAUACAGACAACAUUCUGACGAACAACCAGACACUGCGGCUUCUCAUAGAGAAGGGGUUGCCUGUGGUGGCCCCAAUGCUGGACUCUCAGACCUACUACUCCAAUUUCUGGUGUGGGAUCACCCCUCAGGGCUACUACCGCCGCACAGCCGAGUACUUCCCCACCAAGAACCGCCAGCGCCGGGGCUGCUUCCGGGUCCCCAUGGUCCAUUCUACCUUCCUGGUAUCCCUACGGGCAGAGGGGGCAACUCAGCUCGCCUUCUACCCGCCUCACCCCAACUACACCUGGCCCUUCGAUGACAUCAUUGUCUUCGCCUAUGCCUGUCAGGCUGCUGGGGUCUCGGUCCAUGUGUGCAAUGAGCACCGUUACGGGUACAUGAACGUGCCGGUGAAGUCCCACCAGGAGCUGGAGGAUGAGAAGGUCAACUUCAUCCACCUGAUCUUGGAAGCGCUAGUGGAUGGGCCCCCCAUGUGGGCCUCGGCUCAUGUGUCCCGGCCCCCAAAGAGUCCCACCAAGAUGGGAUUUGAUGAGGUCUUUGUCAUCAGCCUGGCCCGCCGGCCGGACCGCCGUGAGCGCAUGCUGAGCUCACUCUGGGAAAUGGAGAUCUCUGGGCGGGUAGUGGAUGCUGUGGACGGCCGGACACUCAACAGCAGUAUCAUGCGGAGCCUCGGCGUGGACCUGCUCCCUGGCUACCAGGACCCCUACUCAGGCCGCACGCUGACCAAGGGCGAGGUCGGCUGCUUCCUGAGCCAUUACUCCAUCUGGGAGGAGGUGGUUGCCGGGGGCCUGGCCCGGGUUGUGGUGUUUGAGGACGAUGUGCGUUUUGAGAGCAACUUCCGGGGGCGGCUGGAGCGCCUGAUGGAGGAGGUGGAGGCAGAGAGACUUCCGUGGGACCUGAUCUACCUCGGCCGGAAGCAGGUGAACCCUGAGGAGGCAGUUGCCGUGGAGGGGCUGCCGCACCUGGUGGUAGCUGGGUACUCCUACUGGACACUGGCAUACGUCCUGAGCCUGGCAGGCGCCCGCAAGCUGCUGGCCGCCCAGCCCCUGCGCCGGAUGCUGCCUGUGGACGAGUUCCUGCCCAUCAUGUUUGACCAGCACCCCAAUGAGCAGUACAAGGCACACUUCUGGCCCCGGGACCUGCGGGCCUUCUCGGCCCGGCCCCUGCUUGCUGCCCCCACUCACUACGCGGGGGAUGCAGAAUGGCUCAGCGACACGGAGACAUCCUCACCUUGGGACGACGACAGUGGCCGCCUCAUCAGCUGGAGCGGCUCUCACAAGACCCUGCGCGGCCCCCACCCGAACCUGGCUGGCAGCAGUGGGCACAGCCUCCAUCGCCACCCCAGGGAUGAGCUCUAGCUUGUCCUGUCCCACCAGGUCCAGGUGGUGAUUCCAGAAGCGAGCCCAGGAGCAGGCCAUAGCUGUCCAGCGAGCAGAGUUGGAGAUUGCUGGCAGGAGCUGCCACCAGGAACCAUAGACCCAGUGGAGACCUGGCUGCCACCUUAGGCAUGGUCAUUCUGCCCUCUGGCCCCAUCUUACAUCAGGAGAAACCACUCAGAGAUGGGUCCCCUUCCCCAAGGUCAUGUAGCAAAAGGGCAGGACUGGCAGCUCUUACCCUGCUGGGCUGACUCACAGCCUGGAGUGGAGGGAAAGAGGGAGGCUGCGUAGUCUUCUGUUUCAAGCUGGGCAGACACAGGAGCCCUGCCCUCCCUGAGGACCCAGCUGUUGGGAUCCCUCCGCCCCCUUCUACCUCCACCUUAGUCCCCCCGCCCCAAACUGGAUGCCUGGGUUUCACCUGCCAGGGCUCACCCUCUUCCCUGGCCAAUGGGAAGUGCAGGGAGGUGGACCCAGCACACAAUAGGUCCUCAAUAAAAGCCAGCUGGC